GGCGACAUAAGAAAAUAAAUCAAAUAAAAGAGCAAAUUAGGCAAACAUUUUUGUGUGCUGUUGUCAUACGCUGUGUUGUUCCCGUUCUUUGAUGUUGUUGUUGUAGAUUUUUUUUUUUGUAUUUUUUUGGCUAUUUUUUUUUUUGUAUUUUUUUCGCGAAGAAAGUGCAUUGCAACGGAAUGAAAUGAAAUUGAAAUCAUAACGAAACGAAACGAAAUGAAAGUGCAGCACAGAGCGGGGCGCGCACGUGCCAGUGGGAUGAACGGAUGGGCACCUGGGUCGGUGGCGGAGGUGUGGAAGGGGGUGUUCGUUCAAUAGAUCCGGAUCCGGAGUUGGGUGGGGAGUGGAGUGGAGAGGAGAGGAGAGUCCGGCAAUUGUUGCACACACGCUUUACCCAAUCAUCAUGUUGUUUCUUGUUUGUUGUGUGCUUCUUUCUGUUCCCUCCGUUAAUGCGCCCCCUUUCUCACUCUAUCUCCCUAUCUUUUGUCUUUCCGCCUCACCUCCUCUCCUGCAGUGCAAACAGUGAAAUGCGGCAAGCGCGUUAAAAGUAAUCAAAAAUUAACGAAAAUAAAAUACAAGAAAUUGCAAAAGGAAAAGGAAACCCAAAAACAAAGUGCAGAAAGAGCCACAGAGGGAGAAGAAAGCUGAACGGUGAAGGAGCAGAAGAAAGCUGAAAAGCAGCAGCAUCAGUAGUGUAGUGGAGCAUCGGCAGCCACAAGGAAUAUUACGGUAUAUCCACCCACAAAAAAAAAAAGGCAAUCAAAGAGCUGAACACCAAAAAACAAAAAAAAAAAGUGCCAUAUGCAACCGAUAAGACUGUGUGAUUGGUCAAGUGGUGAACAGCUCCGACAGCGGCGGAUUAAAGUUGUGGAGGUUCCCGUCCCCGUCGUCGUCGCCGCCCAGCGAUUAUCGAGUGAUUGAGUGAGACGUGAGACGUAAGGAGCGAGAAUUGGGAACGAGACCAUCGAAAUGGCGGUCGGCCGGGGCAGCAGUGUUGCGGCGAUGCCCAGCGAUGUCGUCGUUGCCCCCUCGGACAACUGCUGAAGCAGGAGCACAGAAGCUGAUGAGGCGCCACACCGAUCAAUAGCAAUCGAACAUCAAUUGAUCCAGCUGACGAGCGGACGAGCGAGCGCACUGCGACGACCAUCCUCCAUCCAGCCAUCGAGCCAAAGGAUAUCCGCUCUCGCACUCGCAUUCGCAGUCGCAGUCGGAGUCAGCGUCGCAUCGGACCAUCUAUCCAUCAGCUGACAACUGUCACCCGUCAUCCGUCAACUGUCAGAGCGACUCGCCGGGCGACUAGGCGACUCGGCGAAGACCAGUCCAACUGUCAUCGGCCGAAGCGGAAGACCAGCGGACCCGGCCAGCACGGGACAGGACAGUGUCGGUACAGUGUCGAGCAGUGCCGGCGCAGCGUAGCGUGUAGGCGGCAAAAUGCCUGGCGGACGACGUGGACUGGUUGCGCCGCAAAACACAUUCCUCGAGAACAUCAUCCGGCGCUCCAACUCGCAGCCGGACAGCUCGUUUCUUUUGGCCAACGCACAAAUCGUCGAUUUUCCGAUCGUCUACUGCAAUGAGUCCUUCUGCAAGAUCAGCGGCUACAACCGGGCCGAGGUCAUGCAGAAGUCGUGCAGGUAUGUAUGCGGCUUCAUGUACGGCGAGCUGACAGACAAGGAGACGGUGGGACGGCUGGAGUACACGCUGGAGAACCAGCAGCAGGAUCAAUUCGAAAUAUUGCUCUACAAGAAAAACAAUGUGCAGUGUGGCUGCGCCCUCUCCCAAUUUGGCAAGGCGCAAACACAAGAGACCCCACUAUGGCUGCUGCUGCAGGUUGCGCCCAUACGGAACGAAAGGGAUCUGGUUGUGCUGUUCCUGUUGACGUUCCGGGAUAUAACGGCCCUCAAGCAGCCCAUCGACAGCGAGGACACCAAGGGAGCGGUUAAUCUAUUUUUACCAGUUUUAGGUCUCUCGAAGUUCGCCAAGUUGGCCCGCUCGGUGACGCGGAGCCGCCAGUUCAGCGCCCAUCUGCCCACGCUGAAGGACCCCACGAAGCAGUCCAACCUGGCGCAUAUGAUGUCACUGAGCGCGGAUAUUAUGCCACAGUACCGACAGGAAGCGCCGAAGACGCCGCCACACAUACUCUUGCAUUAUUGUGCAUUUAAAGCAAUUUGGGACUGGGUGAUAUUGUGUUUAACAUUUUAUACCGCCAUCAUGGUGCCAUACAAUGUAGCGUUUAAAAAUAAAACCUCAGAGGAUGUUUCCCUUCUCGUGGUCGAUUCCAUAGUCGAUGUUAUAUUCUUUAUAGAUAUUGUUUUAAACUUCCACACCACGUUUGUGGGCCCGGGCGGAGAGGUGGUCAGCGAUCCGAAGGUGAUACGGAUGAACUACCUCAAGUCGUGGUUCAUCAUCGACCUGCUCAGCUGCCUGCCAUAUGAUGUCUUCAAUGCGUUCGACCGGGACGAGGACGGCAUCGGGUCCCUGUUCAGUGCCCUCAAGGUGGUGCGCCUCCUGCGGCUGGGUCGGGUUGUGCGGAAGCUGGACCGCUACCUGGAGUACGGGGCUGCCAUGCUGAUCUUGUUGCUCUGCUUCUACAUGCUGGUGGCGCACUGGCUGGCCUGUAUUUGGUACUCGAUUGGGCGCAGCGAUGCGGACAAUGGGAUCCAAUACAGCUGGCUGUGGAAGCUGGCGAAUGUCACGCAAUCUCCGUACUCUUACAUCUGGAGCAAUGACACGGGGCCGGAGCUGGUGAACGGGCCGUCGAGGAAGAGCAUGUAUGUGACGGCCCUGUACUUCACCAUGACCUGCAUGACCUCGGUUGGCUUUGGCAAUGUCGCCGCGGAGACAGACAACGAGAAGGUGUUCACCAUCUGCAUGAUGAUCAUUGCAGCUCUGCUGUAUGCCACAAUCUUUGGUCAUGUGACCACCAUCAUACAGCAGAUGACCUCAGCGACGGCCAAGUACCACGACAUGCUCAACAACGUGAGGGAGUUCAUGAAGCUGCACGAGGUGCCCAAGGCCCUCAGUGAGCGCGUGAUGGACUAUGUGGUCUCUACGUGGGCCAUGACCAAGGGUCUGGACACCGAGAAGGUACUAAACUAUUGUCCGAAAGAUAUGAAGGCUGACAUAUGUGUUCAUCUAAAUCGCAAAGUAUUUAACGAGCAUCCGGCAUUUCGUCUGGCCUCGGAUGGUUGUCUCCGCGCUUUAGCGAUGCACUUCAUGAUGUCCCAUUCGGCGCCCGGAGAUCUGCUCUACCACACCGGCGAGAGCAUCGACAGUCUCUGCUUCAUUGUGACAGGAAGCCUGGAGGUGAUACAGGACGAUGAGGUUGUGGCAAUACUGGGCAAAGGCGACGUCUUCGGCGAUCAAUUCUGGAAGGACUCGGCCGUUGGCCAGAGCGCGGCCAAUGUGCGCGCUCUGACCUAUUGUGAUUUGCAUGCCAUCAAACGUGAUAAAUUGCUCGAAGUCCUCGAUUUCUAUUCGGCAUUUGCGAAUAGCUUUGCACGCAAUCUGGUGCUCACCUACAAUCUCAGACAUCGACUGAUUUUUCGCAAGGUGGCCGAUGUGAAGCGCGAAAAAGAAUUGGCCGAACGGCGUAAGAACGAGCCGCAAUUGCCCCAGAAUCAGGACCAUCUCGUUCGCAAGAUCUUCUCCAAGUUCCGGCGCACCCCCCAGGUGCAAGCCGGCAGCAAAGACCUCGUCGGUGGCGGCACGGGCUCUGGUCAGAGCGAUGUCGAGAAAGGCGACGGCGAGGUGGAACGCGUUAAGAAGCUACCAGCCAAAUUGACAUUAACCGAGGACUCACGCAUCCUAACGACCGCCGCCGUACCAUCACCAUCGCCAUCACCCUCGCCCUCAUCGGGUCCACCAUCUGCGCGGAGUACCCGUGCCAGCAAGUGGGGACGCCUUCUGGGCAGUUCAAGCGUCGAUUCAGCUAGCGACACUAGCGCCAAGGUAGCCGUCUCGAGAAGUUUGAGCGCCCGCGAGAGUCUCCGUGAGAGCACUGCCCAGGCGCGGCAGAGUAGUACUUCGAGUAGCAAUGGUGGACAAGGCAACAAACAUUUACAAUUAAGCAAAGUUUUCCCAAAGGCGCCCAAGCUGCAGGCGAGCCAGGCGACGCUCGCCCGCCAGGAUACCAUCGACGAGGGCGGCGAGGUGGACUCCUCUCCACCCAGUCGCGACAGCCGUAUAGUCAUCGAUGGAGGGGCGGCCUCGGUUACCGUUGGAGCCACUGCAGCAGGGACGGCAGCGGCAGCAGCAGCAGCGGCAGCGUCAGGAGGUGCGGCAGUCACAGGCCCGGGCUCAUCUGGUUCUGGAGGAGGGGCCGGAGCAGUGACGGCGCUGGUGAAGGGAGAGCGCAACCUGGCCCUGGAGCGAGAACGCCAGAUUGAGAUGGCCAGCUCGCGGGCCACCACCUCGGACACGUACGACACGGGCCUGCGCGAGACGCCGCCCACGCUGGCGCAGCGAGAUCUCAUCGCCACCGUCCUGGACAUGAAGGUGGACGUGCGGCUGGAGCUGCAGCGCAUGCAGCAGCGGAUAGGCCGCAUCGAGGACCUGCUGGGCGAGCUGGUGAAGCGGCUCGGACCGCAGCAGGGGGGGGACAACAGCAGCGGCCAGACGACGCCCGGCGACGAGAUCUGUGCGGGCUGCGGCGCGAGCGGCGUCGCGGCAGGUCCAGGAGCAGGACCAGGGCCAGGACCGGGGACAGGGCCUGGGCCGGGCACGCCCACGACCCCGGCCACAGUGACGGUCACCACGCCCGUAGACACUGUGAUAACCAUCUCAUCCCCCACGUCAGCAGCGGCACGAGGGGCUGGGGCUGGCGCUGGCAGCGGUCUACUAAAUCCAGGCGUCCCAGUUGUGUCGAGCGCGGGAGGCAACGGCCUGGGGCCACUGAUGCUCAAGAAGCGACGCUCGAAGAGCAGGAAAGCACCGGCGCCUCCUAAGCAGACACUCGCCUUGGCCGGCGCGGCCUCAACGACCACAACUCUGACGGGCGCCGCUGGAUCUGGUACGACGAGCGUGGCAGCGUCAGCGUCACCUGCAGCGGCAGCAGGGGCAGGCUCUCCCAGCGGUGCUUCUCCAACGGAACUGCUGCACCUGCGGCUGCUCGAGGAGGACUUUACGGCGGCCCAGCUGCCGCCCUCGACACCAACAGCCACGACCCCGACAUCAUUGGCCACGCCUCCCGGCAGCGGCACGCCAGCGGCGGGUAGUGCCACCACCUCGCCCACGGGCCCGCCACCCACGCUACCAACGACCACAGGCAGCAGCGGUCCAAGGAGCGGCAAACGGGAGUUCCUCUAGCCCAAGAUUCUGUUGCGGCAUCAGUCUUCGGCUUCGGCUCCGGCUUCGGGUUCAGCUUCGGCUUUGGCUUCAGCUUCCGCGGAGAACAUGGAGAGCAUGGAGCAAUAAAAUAAGCCACUAUGGGGAGAGGGAUGCUCCCGGCCAUGCCCAUGCCCACGCCCACGCCUAUGCUAGUUAGACUAAAUAUAUAUUAAGAUAAUUAAUGCUGUAACCUGUAACCUCAAGAGCUAGACUAACCUCCAAAAAGCUCACUGCUCCAACAUGUAUCUCUCUCUCUCUUGCUCUGAAUCUAUCUCUCUCUCUCUCUCUAUCUCUCUCUAUGUCUCGAUGUAAGAAUACCUUUCCAUAACUCGUAUCUCGCUUUUCUCUCACCGAACUAAACACACACACACACACACACUGAAUGGAAGUGCUCGAUACUUGAUAUUCGAUACUUUAGCCCAUUAGCCGAUCCGCGAUGAUUAGCGUUAGCGAUAGAGAUAACGAUUACGAUUAAGGCAGAGCAUAUUGCUUACGAUUUUGCUACAUUUACUGCAAUUAUUUACCUUUAUACAUGUACACGGAUAUACUAAAGGGGAUAGGGAUAUUACGUAGAUAACGUCACAGAUGGACAGACAAGGAUGAUACGCAGAUACGGUUAGUUGUAUAUACAUGGAUAACUUUGUGAUAACUGCUGAAGUGCGAAGGGAGGCGAACAAAACAGAAAGAAAGAAACGAGGAAAGCUAACGACAGAGAUCGAUCAAUGCCCGUGAAUUGUACAUAGCAUAUAGCAUAGCCUAUACUCAUCCUGCGAGUAGCCUAGGAUUCGUAUUCACACACACACACACACACGCCCAAAACCCCCCCGAAGAGAGAGCUGGAGGAGAAGAUCCCAAUGGGGAUUGAUAUGUACAUACAGACAUACUCGUAUGGGUAUCUAGCCCGUCCUAUUACUUAACGAAAACUCGAAUGAAGAGAGAAACUCGGAUUGAAGAGCACCAACCACUCUCGCAGCACUCGCACUACUCGCUUGGCUCUCCUGUAGGCUUAGGCGCGUAGGUAACUCAACGAAGAUACUCAAGAAUGGAGGACGAAGCUCCGCUCCCAGUACGAGAUACAACACACAAGACACACACUAACAAAAAGUUGCGACAAUCGACAGACCUAAGAAAAGAAAAUAGGUAACUAAGAAAAAGAAACAGAAAAAGAAUAAGAAACUACCUUUUAAAGAAAACCUCUUCAAAUAAAAGAGCAAACAGAAAAACCAAAAUUUGUAUAGAGCUUGUAAAUAUUUGAAUUACGAAUACUAUUUGGAAAACAUACAGACAUACAUAUGUAUAUGUUAAUGUUCAUUACACUCACUCUCAGACCUACACAUAUUUUGUGAUACAAAAAUUAGCUGAAAAUAGUACCCAAAAAUAACAUAAAUAUUUGUUAACGCUUAUACCCGAAGCAAAAGCAAGAGGAGGGCGCAAAGAACAUUUGUUAGAGAACUAUGCUUUAUGUAGCAUAGAUCAAACUAGAAUAUAUUGUAUAAUGGUACGGAUAUCGCAAAGAUGCAAGUAUACAAAUACUAAUGGAGAUGUGUCCUGAGCAGUUGAAAAGUUUAAUGGCAAGGUUUCAUUACGUUUAAGUCGCCAGAGUCGCCAGAGUCGCAGUCCACUCGAAGUUCGUUCUGUUCCUGUUUGAGGUUCGAUUUUGCCGUACAUAUACUCCUACUGUAGAGGUCGGUAGCAGACUUCCCAUUCCCUCCCAAAGCAAUACGAAUACGAACUGUCUUCCUGCCAUUGCUGGAGGUGUGGGGUUGGGUGUCUGGGGA